CCAAGUUUGUCAGAAUUCCUCUGGCAACCUGCAAAUCAGACCUUCGUCAAGUAAGGUGCUACUAAUAUACGAAUAUACUCGGGGAAGACAGGAACUAACUAUGCAAUGCCAUUCGAGUGGUUAAUUUAGUUCAUGUUGAAGGUCCGUAAAUUUAUAUGGUUAAUUUCUUAGUUAUUGUUGAUAAAUUGCAAGACGUAAGAAUAUAUAAUAAUACAAAUAUCGCAUGGGGUUAUUGGAAAAAAAAAACAAAAAAAAACUUGGUGAACAGCUGUAGAUGCUACGUGGUUCGAACUUUUAUUGAAAUGAAUGCAGUAAGCAGGCUGACAUUUUUUAAAUAUCGGAAAAUGUAGCCGUAUUGCGUGUGUAAGGCUGAAUACACACUUACAUUUGCAGAGAAUUGUAAAAUGACGAUUCAGGUGUUAUUCUGCAUUGAUGCAAAGUGCAAGGCGUGCCCUCGAGCUAUGGAGUCACAGCCAGAACUUCAGAAAAGCCUGGGUAUACGGAGCCAGACACAGCGGUCCGCAGAUGUGGGGAAGAAAUAGAGUCCUGCAGAUCACAGAGGGAAAAUCUGGGGGUUAACGAGUGAAAUAAUUGUGAGCGUGGAGUAUUAGCUACUGACGCUACUCGUUACUUCCCUGGUCAUAGGCUAUACGGGGCAGCGAGGCGAACAGAAAGCAAGUCUUAACUCUGUCGCUCUUACUUUUAAAUGAUACGACAUACAUUUUUAUUUAAAGUAACAGACGCACAAAUCUAUAACUACAGCUUGGAUGGACAAAAAUAACUAAUAUGGAGUAAUUUGUUGGGAAUUUUCCUGCAUUAGUUCAAGCAAAACGGAAGCCCGUCUCAAUUCGAGCAGUUUUCAUAUUUGCUCUUUUAUCACCACAAUGGCCGAACAAGAUACUGUCAAUUUUAGUGGUGACGGCGACAACAGAAACUUGAGCGUCCUCAGCUGGGAGCAAGUGCAGCGUCUGGACAACAUCCUCACCGAGACAAUCCCCAUCCACGGCCGCUGGAGCUUCCCCACGCUGGAGAUGGAGCCGCGGGAAAUAGUUAAAAUUGUGCGGAGACGGAUGGAAGCGAAACAAAUAAAAGUCCGUGAGGUCAGAUUAAACGGUUCUGCUGCAAGCCACGUUCUGCACGAAGACAGUGGUUUGGGGUACAAGGACCUUGAUCUCAUCUUCUGCGCAGAGCUGAAAGGCGAAGCAGAAUUUCAGACUGUCAAGGAAAUUGUUUUAGACUGUCUCCUUGAUUUUUUACCAGAGGGGGUGAACAAGGAGAAGAUAACGCCAUUAACAUUAAAGGAGGCCUAUGUCCAGAAGAUGGUGAAGGUGUGUAAUGACUCGGACCGCUGGAGCCUCAUCUCCCUGUCCAACAACAGCGGCAAGAACGUGGAGCUGAAGUUUGUGGACUCGUUACGGCGACAGUUUGAGUUCAGCGUGGACUCCUUCCAGAUCAAGCUGGACUCACUGCUGCUCUUCCACGAGUGCUCGGAGAACCCCAUGUCGGCCACCUUCCACCCCACCAUCAUCGGCGAGAGCGUCUACGGCGACUUUGACGCGGCCUUGGCCCACCUUCACCACAAGCUGAUCUGCACCCGCAACCCGGAGGAGAUCCGGGGCGGCGGGCUGCUCAAGUACUGCCACCUGCUGGUGCGGGAUUUCCGCGCGGCCUCGGAGAGCGAGAUGAAGAUGCUGCAGCGCUACAUGUGCUCGCGCUUCUUCAUCGACUUCUCCGACGUGGGCGAGCAGCGGCGCAAGCUGGAGUCCUAUCUGCAGAACCACUUCGUGGGGCUGGAGGACCGAAAGUACGACUACCUGAUGACGUUGCACAGAGUGGUGAACGAGAGCACAGUGUGCCUGAUGGGCCACGAGAGGCGGCAGACCCUGGACCUGAUCACCGCGCUGGCCAUGCGCGUCCUGGCCGAGCAGAACGUCAUUCCCAGCACCGCCAAUGUCACCUGCUUCUACCAGCCUGCCCCGUACGUGGCCGACUGCAACUUCAGCAACUACUACGUCGCUCAGGUUCAGCCCGUGUUCGCCUGCGCACAGCACGCGUACGCCGCCUGGCUGCCCUGCAACUGAACCCGAGAGCCGUGGCUAGGGACGGAGGAUUCCUAACACGACAGGGGCUGAAACCCAGCCAGCGGUUGGAAGCAAUGUACGCUCCACCAUUUUGGCUCGAAUUGAACCCUGGAGAUAUUUGUUUUCUGUCGAGGCCUCAACGGGGAGGUUAAGGCACCUGGUUCCCGGCUCCACCCAAGACUGAGCAGUCUGGCGUUGAGCUUUUCCCCAGGGGGGACGGGACAAACAGAGAGCCUGGCCCCACCCGCUCUUUGUCUUGUCAGGGUUUCGCAGGGGAGCACGCAGGUUUCUGCUCUGCCUCAAAUCCGCAGUGGUCUGGACAGAGAGGCAGGAAAAGCCUGCCUAGUUUCCACCACAGAGGUUGAUUUUGACUUUGGGCUUCUAAACCUAAGCAGAAAUGUUAAUGCUGUCAGCGUAAUAGGACUAACAGUAUCAGUGAAUGUGCUUUCAGAACUGGGGCAGGUCUAAGCGCCUCCCCCACCCUCCGGUGCUCAGUGGCAGGAGAGUGGGAGGAGGGAGUAAUGAGAGAGGACAGCAGCAAGAAGAGGGAGGGAGCAACCAGGAUGGAGGGAGCAGGGGAGAGGGAGGAACGAGUAUGGAGAAGAGCAAGGGCUCUGAUAUUGUUUCCCCUCCAGAAAUAUAAAUUCCAUCACUCACAUUCUAUGUGUGACAUGUGGAUGGAAAGACACUGACAGUUUUUGAAACCGAAGUUGUUUUUAUUAAAAAUUUCCAAAUAUGGAAAAAGAGAAAUAACACUGUAUUUGUAUCCAUAGAUUAACCACAUGUAUUAAGUGCCUAAUGCCUACUUAGAGGUAUAAUUUUCUUAAUUAAAGACAAUGCAACCAUAAAGCUUGUUAAUGUAUUAGCGAAGUUCAGAGCUGCACAGUUCAUGAAAUAAAGUAAAGUGAUAUAAAGCUGUUGGUCUUUGGGAUAGAGUGGGCUUUCUGUAUCUGUAAUGCAGGAUGUGUGAAAAUGUAGUAAAUGUAUAGAAAUCUUCAAAUAUUGUGAAGUUUUCGUGUUGGGUUCAUUUUUACGAGUAACAAGAAGCUUGUUAUUCUUCGUUUUUCCUUUCAACCCAUCCUGCAGCUGAGAAAUCUCGUUUUGUGUCUAUCUCAAAGACCUCGGAGUGAAAUGACAGGAGAAACGAGGGGAUGAUUGAUCUGUUUCCACAAGCCUGUGCUCUGGCUGAGCGGUGUCCAUGCCUUGACUGAUAGGAAGAGAGGGAGCUGAGUGGUAGGGUAUGACAGCACUGCUGAAAACAAGCAACUGGAUGUAUUGGGCCUCUAGGGCAGACCUGUGCAGUUGCUGAAGCGAAGAGCCUGGGUGAGUGAAUGGGUGCAGCCGAUGACGAUUCUGAACCCUUCUCUCUGCAAAUACCGGCCCUGAAUCGCCUCUUUCUCAGUCUUGCUCACUUCCUCACUCGGUUCUUCUCCCUGAGAGCAAAGGGUUUUUGUACAAUGCCAGCAAUGUUAUGUAGCACAGAGAUUUCCAUAUGCUAACACAACCAUAACACUGAGGUUAUGGCUGGUCAGCACAGUGAAGAGCACAGCAAUUGUACCCAACUCUUUAAAAUAUUCAAAGCACCUGGGGAACGAAGCACUAUUCUUUGGCAGAACCAGAUCACUACUGUAAUUUGGUGUCUGUCCAUCAUUCCUGAGGAAAUUAUAUGUAUGUAAGGAUCUGAGCUGGUGUGUAUUGGUACAUGUAGAGCCUUGCAGUAUCAGAACCUGAGAUGGUGGCCUGGAUCCACAGCCGAAAAGUAGAGGGGGGGGGGGGGGGGUUGUCAGGCUCCAGUGCUUAGUCUGGGGAGCUCACUCAGUCUUCACUCCCCUUUUUAUCACCGGGUUAACCUGUCAUUCACUCACUCUCCUUUUACAUGAUGUUAUAUUUCUAUACAUUUUUAUAUCUGUAAGAAACAUGCUGUGAUCAUAAUCCAGCAGGACAAGGCUGUAAAGCAUCAUUUGUGUAGUCCUACACAUAGCAAGGGCAGAGUUGCAAUGAUAUUCUUGCAUUUUUAUGUUCGUAUGUGUAUUCCAGCUUUAUUCUGGCACCAAAAAGAAGUGUGUGUGUGUCUGUGUCUGUGUGUGGUUGGGGGUGGGUCAGUAAGCCAGGGGAUAAUUAUUAUUUUUGUAGUUGUAUAUUCCUGAUGUAACAAAGCUUUGCUGUCUGAUGAGAUCACACAUUGUAUAUUUUUGAUCAGAUUAUUAUUAUUGUUUUUUUUUUGGAGGGGGGAAGGGGUAUGUCACCUGUGGAUCAAGGAACAUUUACUUUUUCAUUAAAAAAACUUGAGAACCA